AUAGAUGGUUUCAUGACCUCGUAUUUCGAUGCAUCUUUUAUAGUUUGUUUUGCAGAGGUGAUGCUCGAAAAUGGAGGAAAUUUGUGGAACUAGAGAAGGCGAUAUCAGUGGUGUUAAAAGAGCAGAGGAGGUGUUUGAAAGGGAAAAUAGAAAGAAUCCCUAACCGUCGAAAGGGAAAGUAGAAAGAAAACCAAAAAAAAAAAAAAAACACAUGCGUGUUGGUAGAGAAAAGAAAGAAACAAAAAAAAAAAAAAAAACUUUAUUAAGGGUAUUCUGAUCUAGAUUGGUUAAAAGUGGAUUAGUUUUUUUUUUUAAAAUUUUUUUUGCUAUUUUUCAAGUUUAUAUUUCUACAAUGGUUAUUUUUCAAAAAAAUCCUAAUUUUAAAAUAUAUUCACAAUUUAAAUAACCAAAAUACCUCAACACCAACAGGUGUCAAUCACAUGCAGCAAAAGCAUGUGACUUUAUACACUUGCAUGUACAGCUAGCUAGCUUCCCUCAUCACAUAAAUGCCGAAUUACCAAAAUUGGGAAACCAUGGCGUUUCUCGAAGGUGUGUCUCUAAAAUGGUGAUGUUUCCUAGGGGAGAGAGAAGAAUUUAAAGCAUUGACCUUGAAUGGUGGUGAUUUUGCUAAAAUGUUUUUGACUUUUUUAAUCUUCAUAAUUUCAAUGCUCAUUCAUGGAACCCUCACUCUUCUCCAUCCAAAAAGACAGAAUCCUCUUAUCACUGUCACUGCUUCUCUGCAUCAGCAUCAAUUAAUUUAUAGCCUCCAUAUACACACUCCAGUUGUUAUGCAAUUAUAGCACUUUAUAUUAUUUUCUCUCUCUCUCUCUCUCUCUCUCUCUCUCUAUAUUUAUAUAUAUAUGCUGAUCAACAUCCUUCUGCUUCAUACCCAAAAAUAUGGCUAAGAGACUCAAUUUCUUCAUCUUGGUUUUGCUUCUACUGUCAUGUGCAGAAACCAGACCAAUCCCAAACACCAUAUUGCAAGAAUCAGCCUAUCCCAAUAUCCCUAACGCCUUAUCACCUGAGGAAGCAAUCAUGGAAGAUGGUGGAUGCAAGGGUUUGGAAAAUGAAGAAUGUUUGAUUAGAAGGUCCAUGGCUGCUCAUACAGAUUACAUCUAUACCCAAGAUAUCACUGGACCAUGAUUUUCUAUUCUCUGUGUACUUUAUUUAUUUAAAUUUUUCUUUUUCAUUUUUGAAGUUUUUUGGUACUACAUCCUGCAAUGAAGAAGAUGGAAGUUUUUGGUUUUUAUAUUAAAAGAUGGUAAUUAUGAUGUCAUCAAACUGUAGUUUUGAUUUUGUAGAUUGGUGCUAUUUCAUCAUUCUUUACCAAUUUCUGUUUAAUUUAAUACUUUUGUGUAUACCAGAGAAAGAGGACAAGUUUCUGUAGAGGGUACUCUGCUGUGGCGUGGUGGAUGAUGAGGUGCUUGUGGGGCCUAGUUUCAAGCCCAUGAAAUCUUAAAGAUCUUCUGAGUUUCUUAUUGGACUUUGAUAAAAUGGGCCUCAUUUGUAAAAAAUUGAGUGGUUGGUUUUUUAGCACUGCAAAACUAACCAUACAAACUCCGUCAAAUAUAGGCUUUUAGCUAUUUCAAAAUGAUUGCCUUUCUGGAUCUGGCUAAGUGCUAAUGGAAUUAUGUGAUUGAGAAAGGAAAAAGUCGUUUUACAAAACCAACAAUGACAAGACUCAAGGGUAGUUAAGACUAAGUUUUGGUUUGGAUGGGUUAGAAGGUCUGCAACUACUAGUUUAACAAGAAUAAUUAAAACGGUAUAUGUUUAGAUGAUUAUAUAGUAGCGUUUUGGGUGACAAUUGUCAUGGUCUUAUGAGCCAAAUGGUUGCUUUAAACUUAAGAG